AUGGCACAAGAAAAACUGAACCCUCCCAGCACCACUGGUGCCGUAUCUUUAAGAGAGCGUCUACAUCACUUCACCUGGGCAUGGUUUACGCUCACCAUGAGCACUGGUGGUAUUGCACUCUUGUUUGCAGUUACCCCCCACACGUUUCGUGGCUUGACGACGAUUGGGACUAUUAUUUUCAUAUUGGAUUUGGUCCUCUUUGUCCUUCUCUCAGCUUUCAUCCUCGCUCGCUUCAUCAUGUUCCCUGGCACCUUCACCCAGUCUGUGUAUCAUCCAACAGAAUCUCUCUUCAUUCCAACCUUCUUCAUCACCAUAUCAACCAUCAUAUCAUGCAUACAAAAGUAUGGCUAUCCCUCCACUGGCCCCUGGCUUGUUGUGACCCUUAGGAUCCUUUUCUGGAUGUAUGUGGCGAUUACCUUCACCACCGCAGUCCUCCAGUAUCAUCUCCUCUUCACAGGCAGACCUUUAACACUACAGUCCAUGACGCCUGCGUGGAUUCUGCCUGUCUUUCCAGUCAUGCUAUCUGGAGUUGUCGCUUCCGUAAUAUCAGGAUCUCAGCCCCCACAUCAUGCAAUCCCCAUCCUCAUAGCUGGAACUACCUUCCAAGGCCUUGGGCUAUUGAUCUCUGUAUUCAUGUACAGCAAUUACGUCGGCAGGCUGAUGUCGAAUGGCUUGCCGUCCCCUAAUACUCGACCCGGAAUGUUCAUCUCAGUCGGCCCGCCGUCAUUUACGGGCCUGGCGUUCAUAGGCAUGGCGAAUGCUGCGAUCGAGGUAUUUCCGCAUACGUUUGUUCUGGGGACCGUUGCGGUACCGACAGCUCAAGUAUUAAAGAUUGUGGCUGUAUUCCUGGCCAUUGUUCUCUGGUCCCUUUCGCUGUUCUUUUUCUGCAUAUCGUUACUCGCUACUCUCGAUGGGAUAAAACAGAUGAGUUUCCAUCUCACUUGGUGGUCGUUCGUUUUCCCAAACACUGGGUUCAUUAUUGCGAUGAUUGAAAUCGGGACCGCCAUCGAUAGCCAAGCCAUCUUGUGGAUCUCGAGCGUGGCAACGGUGCUGCAGGUCGUCAUGUGGUUGCUUGUUUUUGUAGCACAUGCGCGCGCUGUGGCAAAGAAGCAGGUCCUCUGGCCUGGAAAGGACGAAGACCAUGACUGCUAA